UCUUCAGGAGCCGUGAGGAACAUGAGCGAAUUCUUCAACGCCAGCUCACCGGAACCUUCGGGUGCCUCCCCGGACCUGAUGGGAACUGCAGGCGGUGCUACUGGCACCUCAGAAACUCCGCAGGAGGACGACUGGUCGCCAGCAGAGACCUUCUUGUACUCGGGGGACUCGUCAGCCGUAGGGACGGCAAGCUGCUCUCGGGCUUACAGCCCGCCCGGGCAACCAGGGCCGCUUCCGGGUGGCAUGCGUUCCGCCCUCAGGCCGGCCCUGGAUGCGUUGGCCAACACGGCCAACUUUCUGAACAUGAUCUUCCAGGCCAGCGACCUGCGCGAGAGCUCGGUUCCAGAGGACAUGGAGUGGUACCACGCCCUGGUCCGAGCCCUGCUGGAGAUCGCCGGGCCAGUCCGCCGGGUGCUGCUCACCUUCGACUGCGACCCGACCAGCACCGCCCCCCAGCUAGUGCUGCGGGCGAGCCGCGGGCCCCCGAGCGGGACACCGACCAUCCUUCUACAGGACUUAUCCAAGGCCUGGGACCGCCUGCAUCCGCCCGCCCCGGCCCCGGAUGACAGCUGGUUCCGGCGCUUCAAGUUCCCGGCUUCUGCCCGGCCACCCGCCCUCACCAAGAGGGUCCUGCUCAACGACCUCAGCACCUUGGAGACGCCCAAGUGGAGCCAGGGCGACAGCUACGUGAGCAAUAGGAGCGCCGUCCAGUGGGCCGGCGCCCCCUACCUGGACUGCAAAGAUGGUCGAUUCGUGCCCAGGUGGAUGCUAACCUUGUCCACCGCCUUCUUUGGGCUCAAGCCAGACCUCACCCCUGAGUUCAGAGGUGUGAUCCGUGUGGACGUGGAGAUCCAGGACAUGGACGUGGACCAGUGCACCACCCAGGACGGAUGGUUUGCAGACACGCACCAGUGCAACCGCACCAGCAUGGAGUGUGUGCCAAUUCCUGGGCGAGGUUUCCGGCUGGGUCAGUACUGCUGCCGCUGCAAAGAAGGAUACUACAACACUGACACUGCCAAUCAGGACGCAGAUGGCGGCAGCGGUGGGUGUUAUCCGUCCAUGCCCAUGUGUCGGCCGUGCUGGCCGGGUUGUGGGCGGUGCCAGGAUGGCGCCCCCUGUUGGGUGCAGGAGGACGGGCCCCUGAGGGCCGCAAUCAUGGCCGCCCAGGGUACCUUCAUGGCCCUAGUCUUCAUCAGCAUGCUGGCAGCGUACCGACAUCGCAGGAGCAGGAGGAUUCGGGCGUCAGGUCUCCUGCUGCUAGAGGCCAUUUUGUUUGGCUCACUGCUCCUCUACUUCCCGGUAUUCAUUCUGUACUUCAAGCCCAGCACGUUCAGGUGUAUCCUGCUCCGCUGGGUCCGCAUGUUGGGUUUCUCCAUCGUCUACGGCAUACUUACUCUCAAAAUGUACAGGGUUCUGAAGGUGUUCCUGUCGCGCACGGCCCAGAGGGUUCCCUACAUGUCCAGCCUGCACCUGCUGAGGAUCCUGGGCAUCAUGCUGAUGACAGCAAGCUGGUUCUUGUGUGCCUGGACGGUGGGUGUCCUGCAGAACCGAGACAGGAACAUUCCUGUCAUAAUGACCACCACCACGGCCGAGGGCCAGGGCUUCAACCUCUGCUACCUGGAUCGGUGGGACUACAUGAUGGCCAUCGCCGAGCUUCUGUUCCUUUGCUGGGGAAGUUCACUGUGGACAGCUGUCCGGCCAGUGCCCUCGGCCUUCCAUGAGCCUCGCUACAUGGGCAUCGCCAUCCACAAUGAACUGCUUCUCUCCACCAUGUUCCACUUGUGCCGGUUUACAUUUCCUUCUCUGCAUCCCGAUUGGAUGCUGCUACUCUCCUUUGCACACACCCACGUGACCAUCACUGUGACACUCGCUCUGAUCUUCAUCCCAAAGUUCAUGUACAUGAGCAAACCUGGCAGAGAGGAAAUAGCUGCCGAGGUGUAUGAGGACGAGGUGGACCUGCGCCGUUCCUACCUCAACAGCAGCUUUCGCUCGGCCUGGAGCGAGCGCAGCGUGGACCCCGAUGACUUUCGGGACGAACUCAAGAGAUUAUACGCCCAGUUGGAAGUCAACAAAGCCAAGAAGAUGACCGCAAACAACCCUCACCUGUCAAAGAAGCGAAGUUCUCGAUGCGCCUUGGGUCGAUCCAUCAUCAAGCGCAUUGCCGAAAUGCCCCUGAGCCGGCAGUGCAGUCGCGAGGACCAAGACAGUUCCUUCCAGAGCGGGAAUCACUCCGGGUCUUUCAGGAGGACCCCAGAUAAUCUCAGCAUCAGAAGUUCCAUGAAAUCCCGAUCACCGUCUCUACGUAAAUCCCAAUGUGAUCAUUAUUACACCCGGGAAAGGGACUCUUCCUUGCGGGAUUCUUCCAGGCUGAGGGCCGACAAUGUGAAAAGAUCUUCCCAAAGAUCAGAGACGGAAUCUUUGGACAUGCACCCAGCAGUCUGUAAAUCAGUUAGCGCGCAAAAUCUGACAAUUGAUACCAAUCUCCUGCACCUCCCCGAUCACACCAGGCUUCAUAAGUCGUGGAGUCUGACAUCCACUCAUUCCAUGGAGAAAAUGUCCAAAGGUAAUGGAUCGAGCCUCUCCAUCAGCGAGCAGACCAGGAGUGCUCUACAGUCGGAGUCUUUUGACAAAGCUGAGGUUUGCCCUUGGGAGGUGGAGCCGGAACAAUCUGGUGAAAAGACCCAGAAGCGUGUCACAUACGCAAACUCUCAGGUCGACGAUCCGCAAAGUCCAUCCUCGCCGGUUGCUCUCGUAUGUCCCUGGGACCAUUUACCACCUAUGGAGAAUAACCUGUCACAAGACAAGGCGGAUGCCGAGUUCCCCCAACUGCCAGUCUCUGCAAGUGCACCGGGGUCUCCAAGACGCAAAGUCAACAAAGAUCAGAGAGUUUUUUCCUUCCGGAACACCACCACCAAGUGGCUCUCUGUCAAAUCCUUCCUGACAUCUGUGGAAGCAGUAAGCAAGUCAUGCAAAGAUGAAAUCUUAACUAGAGAAGGUUCCCAAAAAAGCCAAGAAAGUGGCUCCACGGCAUCCAGGUCAGGAACAUCCAGUCGACGUCCAAGCAUGGAGAAAAGAACACUGCAGAAGAGAAGCAUGACAACCGCGGAUGGAAAACCAUGCCUCGUAAAGCAGAACGCAAUCAGACUGUCCUCUGGGGAGUCAUCCGACAGGAGUCCCAGAAGAUUGGUUAUUGUCAAGUCUCUAAUCUAUCCCGGAGAUGCAGACGAUAUGACAAAAGAUGGCAUGUACGAAAGUGUAUACCUGUCCAGGCAGAGUAGUAAACGAAGCAGCAUUAGCUCCUGUAGCUCGAGGACACCGUCAACUCACAGAAGAGGAAGUAAACGAGUGGCAGCAGCAGUGUUGAAAACUGUUUCUCACACUGACGUUUGUCCAUUGGAAGGACUUGUGGAGGUGGCAAAGCAGCAGCAAAGCAUGAAAGCAGACGUCUGCCCAUGGGAAACUGAAACGUCUGAACAAACUGGCGUGUGUCCUUGGGAAUUUCAACAGCAAGAGACAGUGAGGAGACAGGACUGUGUUCGUACCAACACGUGCCCCUGGGAGUCCCAAGAUAUUCCGGAAAGUUCAUAUGCCAUCCCGGCAAAAACACAACUGUCUCUGAAGCAAUCCGCACACGUAUGUCCCUGGGAUGCAGCAGAAAAUCCUAUACCCAUCAUAAAACAAGAUAACGAGUAUGCCAACAUUUUCCCUUGUGAAGCAGAGGUUGAGGAUGAGAACCUAAAUCCCGUGAAGGCGAAGGGAUCCCUCAAGGUGCCCUCACGGCAGGAAGCAAUGAAAGCUGCAGUCUUCCCCAGUGCAUCAAAAGAAAAACUUGCUAAAUCUCCUGCCCUGCAUCUGGACAGGAGAAUGACCAAGAAAGAAGAAAGUUGUCCGUGGGACUUCCCAGACCCCCCAAAAAUGACAGAUGUUGGUCUUUUGGAAGAUGGGAAAGUAGAACCAACAGUCUCAUCUUUGCAGAUCACGAUCAAGGCAGAUAUCUGUCCCUGGGAUGCUGGACAACAUGACAAAUUGAAUGCCCCACAAAAAGGCAUCUUGGCCUUGGAUGCUCAAGUCAAGGUUCCCAACAGAGGAAAUAUUUGCCUUUGGGACACUGAAACAUCAGGAUCAGCAAAAGCAGAGCCCUCGGAAAUGUCCAAAAACAACAUCAGACAUGAUAGUGCCCGUGUAAACGUCUGUCCAUGGGAGAGCGAGGAUGCCACAACGGAGGCAUCACCAGGAGGAAAAGUAGAGACUUGGAAAGGUCAAGACAGGCAGGACAGUGCUCGAGGAGAUGUUUGUCCAUGGGAGACUAAAGAACCAAACGCUCUGAAAAAUCAGGAAUCUGCUCGAGAAAGUGUUUGUCCGUGGGAUACAGGAGAACCAAACUUUCUGAAAAACCAAGACAGUUCUAGAGAAAACAUUUGUCCAUGGGCGACAGAAGAACCAAACAUUCUAAAAAAGCGGAAUAGCUCUUGUCAAUUGGAGACAAGAGAACCAAACGUUCCGAAAAAGCAAGACAGCUCCAUUGAAAAUGUUUUCCCGUGGGACACAGAAAAUCCAAAGGUCUUGAAGAAACAGGACAGCUCUCGACAAAGUGUUUGUCCAUGGGAAACCGAAGAUACAAAGUCCACCAAGAGGCAAGCUAGCACAACAGGAGAGCUUUGUCCAUGUGAAAUUGAAGAACCUAAGGUUUUACAAAAGCAGGAGAGUUCUGGAACUGUAGCAGGAGAAGAAGCUAAAGUUCUCAAGAAGCAGAACAGCUCUCGGGCUAGUGUCUGCCCAUGGGAAACUGAGGACACCGCAGUGUUGGAAAAGCAAGAAAGCCUGCAUUCAGAUGUUUGUCCGUGGGAAACAGGAAUAAUGGGAGGUGUCAAAGACCAAGAUGGCCCAGGCACUCUGGGUUGUCCUGAUGAAAUCCAGGAUCCAGAAACGUCGACCAUCCCCAGCAGUGACAAAGACGACGUACAGGAAGACCACGGCACAAAGGCGGAGCAGUCGGACGGACCGAAAGCCAGCUUAGCGCUGGGUCGCCGUGAUGCCUUGUGUCCCUGGGAGAUGGGACGAAGUGGCUCGGGAUCCUUCACGGACAACAACUCUGAUGUUUUCACGUGGGAGCAAGAGAACAUCCCCGAGGAAGACGAGGAGGACGACGCGGAAUGCGCAGCAGAAGCACUCAUAUUCCCUCCAGACUUGAUCUGAACCCCCUUUCGACUCAACAGGAAGUAAGCGCACUUGAAACCUCUUUGGGGAAACAGUCUUGUUGAGACCCCAAAAAAACAUUUAAAUGAAAAAUUUUGAAACCAUUCAGAUGACCCGUUUGUACUGUCACACGCAAAAGUCCGCACCCUGACUAACACAAACAGAAUGUUGGUGAAGGCACUGUCCCCGUCUGCUGUGAAAUUACAAAAAAUGGCUGCCGUCACCAAGGGUUAUCUUAGCCCCCUUUCUUCCUGCCACCGUCCGUCCCCUCACGAUGAGCCUGACAUUCUGUACCACAGAACAGAUAAUGUCAGUCCAAAUGUCCUCUGUUGUGAUCUAAACUGUGUUAAGCAAUGCAACUGCA